AUGUUCGGAGGACUCGCUGGGGAGAAGUACACCGCGUCGCGGGAGGCGCUCCAUGACCUAGUAUCCUCUUUGGGAUUCCAGGUGCAGCCUCAAGAUGAGGCAGGUUACCUCGACAUGUUGCGUGCUGCCAUCGCCGACAUAGAGACGGUCCAAGCGAUGCCACCGUACCAGCACCCGCUCAUCCAAACGACCAACGGCGCAGGGGAGCGGACCAGCAUACGACCAUCUCCUUCCGAGAACCCAAUGAACGGGUGGAGCCAUAGGACCAUCAUCAGAUCUUCGGCGGAAGGCCUCUUAUCCGGGAAGACCAUCGCGGUAAAGGACAAUGUCUCUAUCGCAGGAAUACCCUUGACGGGUGGGACACAGCCUUUCCAUCUCUCCAAGGAUACGCCAUACCCGAUCUCCAGCUUUGACGCCCCCGUCAUAACCCGCGUGCUCGAGGCUGGAGGAACCAUCACCGGAACGUCGACAUGCGAGAACUACUGCAUGUCUGCGCUGAGCUUCAGCAGCGCUACCGGCCCCGUGGACAACCCCUGGUUGAGGGGGUAUGAAUGCGGCGGCAGUAGCUCUGGCAGCGCGGCUUUAGUCGGGGUCAAGAGUGUCAAGAGGCAAAGGGAGAAGGAUGGGCUGCCUCAUGACGACCUAGGAGAAGGAGUGGAUCUUGCGAUUGGAGGGGACCAGGGAGGCAGCAUUCGCAUGCCAGCGGCGUACAGCGGGAUCUACGGUCUCAAGCCAACACAUGGACUGGUCCCUUAUACGGGGCUUUCAUCGCUACACCCCUCGAUUGACCACUGUGGACCAAUGGCCGGUUCCAUACGUGACACCGCAUUGCUACUCACGGUCCUGGCGGGCUGGGACGGCCUCGACCCACGUAUGACCCCCGAGACCCCGUUGCGUCAGAACGUGAAAGCCUACCAUGAAAUCCUCGACGAAGCUAUCGAGAAGCGCAAGACAAGCGGGCAUUGGGAUUCAAAAGCAGCCGCCACCGGGCUGCGCAUUGGCCUCGUCAAGGAAGCGUGGACCGCCCCCCAGCUGAGCGAGGAGGUGGCCGCGGUCACCAAGAAGGCGGGCCAGCGCUUCGCCGCCCUCGGCGCUACAGUGGAGGAGGUAAGCAUCUCAAUGCAUGCCAUGGGCUCCACGAUCUUCUCGGCGGUCGAAGGGCCCGAGAUGGCAGAUGUGUUCAUCCACGACAAGCAGCCGGACUGCCUGAGCUGGCCCAUGGAGCAGGUGGUGCCCGGCAAGUCGGACGCGCAAUGGUACGAGACUAUGAACAAGUCAGCCCCAACAGUGGUCAGCGCACUCAUCUCCGGCGAGUUUGUCAAGCGCAACAGGGACAAGUUCCCUCCCGCCGCGAGGAAAAAGGCCAUCACGCACGCGCACGAGCUGAGAGCCGCGUAUGAUGAGGCUCUGGAGAGGUUCGACGUGCUCAUCACUCCGUGCAACCCGACUGUGGGUAUGAAACAUCUCGAUCCCGACCUGAGCGUCGUGGAGAAGUACGAGCUUGCGCUGGGUAACACUUGGAACACGUGCCCGUUCAACCUCACCGGCCACCCCGGCCUGGUGAUUCCCGUCGGGUGGGGCAAGACCGAAGAUGGGCAGGGCAGACUGCCUGUUGGAAUGCAGAUGGUCGGGCGCAGGUGGGACGAGACGACCUUGUUCUUUGUGGCCGCGGCUUGGGAAGUCGGAGGCAUGGGCCUGGACGGCUGA